AGUAUUUACUAGUAAAUAAUACUUCAUUAGACUUUUGGGGGAAAGAAUGGAUGGUUUUGGGUCUUAUAAUUGGGCUUCUCUGCGAAAAACUUAUAAGAAAUCUCAAGCUUUAAAUGAUACUGAUAAUACUAUGAAUUUUACAGAACAAAAUGAAAGCGAAAUAUCUGAUUCAUUAAGUUCAUUCUGCUCGUCUCCUUCAAGUCCUAGAUCCUGUUUUAAUGUUGGGUUUACUCCUCGAUCUAAAGUUAAAGCUAUGUUAGCAGAAUUUGAUAUGGAUAAAUCUGAACUAUACGAUAGUAAACAUGAUAGUUCUUUGUCAAAUAGUCCUAAGCAAUUUAUUGAUGUUGGAAAAUAUGUUGAUGUUUCUGGAAAAAAUCAUGAUACUUAUUUAAAUGAGAAUUUGUCAUUAGGUGUUGUCUCUACAAAAGAUAGUGCUUAUGAACGAGUAAAAAAUAUGCUUGUUAAUAAAAACAUUAUUAAAAAUGAUAAAAAUCAUCAUAAUAUAAAUGGAUACUUUUGUAAGAAAAAAAAAAGAGAAGACUAUUGUCAAAAAUAUUUAAACAGGGAUGCAUCAAAUAUAUUGGAUAUACCUUUGUUUUUAGAAUCAUUUGAAAAAACAACAUCUGACUCUAAUGAAUAUGAGUUUUCUAAUAAUGCGAAAUCUAAGUGUUUGGAAUUAAAAGAAAAAAUGUGUUUAUCACAGUUAAGUCCAGAAAAAUGUACACGUUUAGAAAUGCAAAAAGUAAAUCUGUCUUUUGAUGAUAUAUCAUUGGAUCAUUCUUCUAAAUCUGAAAAGGAUUAUUUCCCAGUUAAGACUGGAAUUUUAAAAAAAGUUGCUACUAAAAAAGGUAUAGAAGGAAUGCGAAAAGAAACAGAAAGAAUGAAUAGAGAUAUGGCACUGGCUCCCGAGAUAAGGACUGAUAAAAAAACAUCUAUUUUGAGUUUCUUAAGAAACGUGGGUUAUGGUCUUAAUGUUUCUCAAGAAUCACUCUUAGAUAAAAGAAUUUCUGAUGAAAAUUCUGACACGAUUUAUACUACUGAGUCAAAUAUUUCAUUUAUAGAUAAUAAUCUAUAUCUUCAAAAUAAUAAUUCUUCUGAUAUUUCACCUAAAGAUCAGGCACAACUUUUGUCAAAUUUCGAAAAACCAGAUAUUAAAGAAAAAUUUUCAAAAACUGGAAGAUCCUGUUUAACUUCUAAACAAAUUAAUCCUGUUAAUUAUAAAAAUCAGAAAAAAAUUAUAUUUAAAACACCUGUUUCUGAAAAUACUUCCGACUCUGAAUUAGAAGUUGAAUGUUUAGUUUAUGAUUCAAAAAUUCAUAAGGAUAAUCCUAAACUGUUUUCACGUUUUGGAAAUACUUCUGUUUCUUAUUCUGAAUUAGCUAGGCUUAGCUCGCCGAGUCAACAUAAUCGAAUUAAAAAUAAUUUGUUUGAUCGUGAAUUAUUAAUGAAGGUUGCUGAGCAAGUUAAGUCUGAGCGUCUUGAGCAUGAAGAGGAGUAUAAGCAAAAAGGCAUUACAUCAACUUUUGAGGAAAGGGCAAAAGAGAUUGUUCAAGCAGAAGACUUGGUAGAAAAGGCGAGAUUAGAAGCAGAGGUGAUCAGAAAAAAGGAGAAUAGGAUCUACAAUGAUGAUAAUAGUAAUUGUACUGAUGUAUGGGAUGAGGAAAUAAGUGAUGUUCAGAGCAGUGAAGGAAGUAAUGAAACAAUUGACUAUAAUUCAGAAAACGAUAAUGAAGAUAUUUAUAGUAAUAGUGGUAAUGGGAUUACUUGUAGUGAUAAUGACGAUAAAAAUAAUGAUCUUAAUUUGGAGGAUAUUAGAGAUGUUAGUGGGAUGUAUGCUUCUGAUGAAGUCUAUCAUUUAGAUUCAUUGAAUACAAAAUCAAAAGGAAUUCGAUAUAUACCAGAUGAGAUGGAAGAUGCUAUUAUUAAAUCAAGAACUCUUCGAAAUAAUAACUGUAGAAUUAUAAUGGAGGAUGAUGAAUAUAAUGACAUUGAUAAUGCUAAAUGCCUAAAGGAUUGUGUUGAUGAUACCCUUAAUCUUUCUCAGGUUUCUUCUAUUUUAUCUACUAAGAAUAUUAAUAGUGAUCUUCAAUUGAAAAAUAAUGCUGUUGAUAAAGUAGAAAAUAGUGCUUCGGAUGUGGGCUUUAUGUCUAAUAAAAUACCUUUUGAGUUAUUUCAAAUGAAUACGAAUGUUAAUUUAAAAAUACCAGAUGAUUUAAAUAAUGCUAAUUGUAAGUCGUCAUGUUCUUUUGACGAUAAUUUUGAGAAAGUCGAAAAGGAAUUUCAAAAUGCACAAUUAUCUAUAUCUGAUCUUCCAUCUUCGGAUAUAGUUUUUGAUAAUUUUCCUCUAUCUUCUAGAUAUCCUCAUUUGGAUGAUGCACUCAACUCUGGUGCAAGUGCAGAAUUAUCUUCAGGUGUUUUAAUUCAAGGGGAUUUAAAAAGGAAAAAGAGUCUUGUUUUGAGAAAUUCAGAAGAUGAAAAUUACAAUGAUAUUGCAAGUAAUAAUAACAAUAUUCUUCAUUCUGAUACGACUUCUAAAUAUAGCUAUGAAGUUGAUAAUAAACAUUUUAUAUGUAAACCUGAAGACUUUAUUGAAGAUCAAGCCCAAGAAUCUGAUGAUGAAUAUGCGGGUUUGGGAGGAGCAAGUGAUGAUGAUAAUGAUGAUUUAGAUAAUAAGGAAAUUGAGGAUAUUAUUGACAAUACAAUUUCUCUUCAGGAUAUAGAUUCAACUGAUAUAGCAGCAUAUUAUAUGAAAAAAGAAAUGGAUGAUGAUUCUAAGAUUAUUAGUAAUUUGCUUAAUGACAUAACAAUGGGCAAUUUGAGAAAAAGGCGUGGUAUGUUUUUUGAUUUGAAUGAUUUAGACGAUGAAGAAGAAACACUUAAAAGACGCAAUAAAAGGGCUUGUAUUAUAAAACAAAAACUCUUGGAUAAUCAAAAUCUUUCUUUUAUGGCUGAUAAUCCUAAAAUGAAGGCAUUUCUAACUACGAUAGAAGAUAAUCAGGAAGAUACAAGGUUUUCCAUAGAUUUCAUUGAUAAUGAGUCUUUUAAAGCACAAGAAAAUAUAAAUGAUGCUACGAGUUUAACUUUUUCUAAUACUACUUUGAAUAUUGAUAAUAAUAUUGUGAAAAAUACGUUUGAAUCUGAAACAUUGUAUUCUAGUAAAUAUUUAGAAAAAGAAUCUUUAUCUUUUGUAGAGGAUGAAAAUUCAGAAAUAUUUAAAGAUGAAUUAAUUGAUAAUGAUAUGGAAAGAAGAUUUAGUUGCCUUACAGAUGUUGUUGAUAGGACAUCUAGUAGAUGUGUGUUAAAAGAGUCUUCUUCAUCUUUGAUGUUUAAUGCUAAAGGGAAAUUAAUAAAAUUGUUUUCUAAUGGACCUAUUUCUCAAAAAAAGCACAGUUUAUUUAGUGACAAUAAAUUUCAACUUGAAAAUAAGGAAAAUCCUUUAGGAGAGAUUUUAAAUACAAAUGUUAUUACUUCAAAACUAGCUUCUAGGGCAGUGAAUUAUAAUAAGCCAAUUGCAAAGAAUAUAAAGACUAUUAAUUCCAAAUUAUUAAAUAAAGAAGUUGUGAAUGAAAAACGAAAAAAUGUUCUAUUAAAGCUAUUUCAGGCUAAUACAAUUGCUGUAUAAAUUGGUAUUAUGCUAAUUGCUUGUGCAAAUACUUAGUAAACAAA